CCAAUAAUACCUUCUCUUUCCCCUCUCUCUUCUUCCUCCUCGCACCACCCCCCUCUCCCUGUCGCUCCUCCGCCCCAUCCAUCCACGCCUCCAAAUAAAGUAAGCGCAGCCACGCCACCACCAAAUCCUCCUCCCGUCCCAAUCCCCUCGCCCACCUGCCACCGCCCGCCGACGACCGCCCAUCCAGGUCUCCUCUUCCUCUCGGAGGGGAGCGCUCGAACGCCAUGGGGUUCUGGGAGGCCUUCCUCAACUGGCUCCGCAGCCUGUUUUUCAAGCAAGAGAUGGAGCUUUCCUUGAUUGGGCUCCAGAAUGCUGGGAAAACUUCGCUCGUGAAUGUCAUUGCUACAGGAGGUUUUAGCGAGGACAUGAUUCCUACUGUAGGAUUCAAUAUGAGAAAGGUGACCAAAGGAAAUGUCACAAUAAAAUUGUGGGAUCUCGGAGGCCAGCCAAGAUUCAGGAGCAUGUGGGAGAGAUACUGCCGUGCAGUUUCUGCAAUUGUAUAUGUUGUUGAUGCAGCAGAUCGGGAGAACAUGGCUAUUGCCAAAAGUGAGCUCCACGAUCUUCUGAGCAAGCCAUCGUUGGGUGGUAUCCCGUUACUAGUCAUUGGCAACAAAAUAGAUAGGCCGGAAGCCUUCCCUAAGCAAAGUUUCACAGAAGCGAUGGGCCUGAAGGCAAUGACUGAUCGAGAAGUGGCCUGCUUUAUGAUAUCAUGCAAGAACUCGACCAACAUCGACUCUGUCAUUGACUGGCUUGUGAAGCACUCGAAGAAGAAGAAUUGAUCUAAAUUCGUUGCCUUUGAAGUGCUCCAGAUUCUCUCUGUGUUUUUUGCAUGUUGCUUAGCAUUGGGGCUGUAAAUUGUGCGAGAGGUCUUUGAUCAUGGAGGUUGUGUUCAUAAUUUUUUAACCUGUUUUAGCAAUGUGUUGGUAGACUGCAUCUGGUACUUGGACGCGUGUGCUCUAUUAGACUGCUACAACUUACAAGAGGCUCCGCUCGUUGCAUACUUGCUUUGUCUA